AUGACUGGAGACCAUGACGGCGGAAACGCCUCUAGUUCCAGUGUGGAGAAGAGGGAAGCGGAGGUUCAUCAGCUGGCCAGACAGUUCACAGAGCAGAGCAACUAUUCCACGGCGGGACAAAACCCCUUUGCUGCGGAGGCAGGAUCGGCCCUGGACCCCAAUGGCGAACACUUCAGUGCUCGGGCAUGGUGCAAGGCCAUGCUGCAGACGUACACCGGGGACAAGCAGGCACAUCCGCUGCGAACCUUGGGGGUCGCCUUCAGCAAUCUGAAUGUGCAUGGUUUCGGUUCUGACACUGAUUACCAGAAAAGCGUCGGCAAUGUCUGGUUAGAGGCACUCAGUCUGGCAAGCAAAGCACUUGGUCAAAAGCAGCGCAAAAUUCAGAUUUUGCAGAACAUGGAAGGAUUGGUGGAGGCUGGAGAGAUGCUGGUGGUUCUUGGACCCCCUGGAUCCGGAUGCUCCACUUUCUUGAAGACUAUUGCUGGAGAGACUUACGGCUUUCAUGUUGAUAAGAACUCAAACAUCAAUUUCCAAGGCAAGUCUGAUUGA